AUCAAAGCUCUUCAGUCACCACAAGAUGCUGAGAUCAGGACUAGACUUUUAGCUCGACUGGAUCAAGACCCAAACGUCACACUCAGAACAUUGACAGAUGAGUGUAAGCGUCUACAAAGCAUCAGACACGACAACGAGUUGAUUGAACAGGUAAAUCCUAAUUUAACCUGCGGUAGUGUCAAUACUAUUACUAGGUUAAAAGUUCAGAAGCCGGUAACAACUCGUAACAAACCAAGGACUGCAUGCUGGUUAUGCGGUGAUUGGCAUUAUGCACGAUUCUGUCCGUUCAAGAAGCAUAAAUGUCAGGCGUGCAACAAACGUGGACAUAAAGAAGGUCAUUGUCCACCGAAGCGUACGUCUCAGCCUAAGAAGAAGCAUAAACGUCCUCGACAUGUGAAAUCAGCCGAGUCUAAAUCUCUUUCUCUGGUAGCUGCUUUUCAAACAAACUAUGACAUUCGGAGAAAGUAUGUUACCAUCCAGAUAAACGGCAUAUCAGCUCGUCUUCAAAUUGACACGGCAUCAGAUAUCACGUUAGUGUCUAGAGAAACGUAUAACUUGCUGGGUAAACCGCCAAUGAAGCCAUCUAAGAAAACGGCUAAAAACGCAUCAGGUGGUGUGCUAAAACUGGUUGGUGAAUUACAGUGUGAAUUUUCCUUCAAUGGAACUAACUGUACAGGAAUAUGUUACCUAACAGAACGGCCGAACCUUGAUCUUCUUGGUCUAGAUAUGCUAGACAAACUUGGAAUAAUGGAUAUACCAAUUAACAGUGUCUGUAACGUAUCGUGUUCAUCAUUGGACAGCCCAUUACUUCCAAAGAAGACAGGUGAAAGGUUACUAGAAAAACUGAAAAGAAAGUUUGCCUCUGUUUUUCAGAAUAGCCUUGGCCACUGUACCAAGAUGAAAGCGCACUUACCAGUGAAACCAGAUGCCAUACCUAUUUUUCGCCCGAGACGUCCUGUACCAUAUGCUGCUCUUGAGCUAGUCGACCAGGAACUUAAUCGCUUGCAACAGGCUGGUGUAAUCCGACCAGUUAACUACUCUGCAUGGGCCGCACCGAUCGUAGUGAUUAAGAAGGCCAAUGGGACUAUACGCAUAUGUGCCGAUUUCUCGACCGGUUUAAAUGCUGCAUUAGAUGUAUAUCAAUAUCCCUUACCAGUUCCUGAAGACCUGUUUGCCAAGCUUAAUGGUGGGACAUGCUUCGCGAAAAUAGACUUCUCUGAUGCUUAUCUCCAAGUGGAAGUAGAUGAAGAUAGUAGAGAGCUUCUGACCAUUAACACUCAUCGAGGGUUAUUUCAAUACACCGUCUACCAUUUGGCAUCAAGACCGCACCCGCCAUCUUUCAGCAAAUAAUGGAUACGAUGCUAACAGGUAUACCUGGUACAGCAGCUUAUCUAGAUGAUAUCAUAGUUAUGGGUUCAACUGACAGUGAACUUUCUGAUCGACUACACCAAGUCCUUAACCGAGUGUUGGAGUAUGGUUUCCAACUACGUGAGGAAAAAUGUAUCUUCUUCAUGCAUUCGAUCAAAUACCUUGGUUUUAUCUUAGAUAAGAACGGUCGCCGACCAGACCCUGCCAACAUCGAAGCCAUUCAGAAGAUGCCUGCACCAACUGAUGUUUCUUCAUUAAGAUCCUUCUUGGGGUUAAUCAGUCAUUACAGCACAUUCUUGCCUGAAAUGCAUCGAGUGAGAGGUCCCC